UUUCUACACCCCUUUGGCGGGACCACCGACGGCUCCAAGUCCAAUAACAAAGGAGAUCCCAACGAAUCUUCUUUUAUCUUCCUCAUCAUCUCUCCUUCUUCACCACCAUUGUUUCCCACAACAAACCAAUCAUAUAAACAGACACGAACUCAAACCCACAUAGAUACAACACGCAUAUGGUAAAAAUAUGAGAGCUUUGAAUUCAUAUUUUUUGCUCAUUGAUCUCCACAGCUCAUGGCACUCAGCCAACCAAAUUCCAACCACCACGUUCGCUUAUCUCCAAAAGUCCAGCUUGGCCACUUCUUUCUCUGGGGCAUUUCGUCGAUCAGGUCAUCGGCGUAAUGGCAUUUCAUCGUCGAGCUCUCCAGUUCCAUCGAUUCGGUCCCCGGAGAUCCGCAGACCGCGGGAUCGGUCGUCCACCGGAAAUGGGUUGUCGUUGGUUUCUUCAAAUUUGGCUUCCACUUCUCGGCCGGAGGGGGUUUCGGAGCUCGACUUGUUUCUCGAGUUGGUGCCUUCGAGGAUGAGGAAUGAGCUGUUUGUGCAUCCCGAGAUCGAGGAAUUGAUUGAAGUGGUGAUGGAUUUGGGUAGGAAGCCUCUUGCUAGGUUUCCUUUAGGUGAUUGGGAUAUCUCGCAACAGCCUGUAAAGCUCGAAGAUCUACAUCACGCGAUAUCAAAGGUUGGUGAGUUUUCGGAUGACAACCGUUCAGGUAUUGAUCACUCUCUACAUCGUAUAAGUGCUAUAAGAAACCGGAAACUGCAAGUUAUCGGCCUCACUUGCCGUGUGGGUCGUGCUGUAUCUGGAAGUGCUGAAAUUAUAAGUGACUUAGUUGAAGGGGGAGGUUCCAUCUUGGUUAUAGGACCUCCAGGGGUUGGCAAAACAACAUUAAUCAGAGAAAUAGCUAGAAUGUUGGCGGAUGAGCACAAGAAACGUGUUGUCAUUGUUGAUACAUCAAACGAGAUAGGAGGUGAUGGGGAUGUCCCUCAUUCUGGAAUAGGUCGUGCAAGAAGGAUGCAAGUCCCAAAUGUUAAUAUGCAGCAUAAUGUGAUGAUUGAAGCUGUGGAAAAUCAUAUGCCCGAAACUAUUAUAAUCGAUGAAAUCGGAACAGAGCUUGAAGCAUUGGCUGCCAGUACAAUAGCUCAGAGAGGAGUUCAGCUUGUUGGAACAGCACACGGAAUGACUAUAGACAACGUAUUAAAGAAUCCCUCUCUGCAGAUCCUUGUUGGUGGCAUAGAGAGUGUUACUCUCAGUGAUGAGGAAGCAAGGAGAAGGAAGGUGCAGAAGACAAUUCUUGAGAGAAAAGGGCCUCCUACAUUUACAUGCGCCAUUGAGUUGAUUUCUAGAACUGAGUGCCGUGUUCAUCACAGAUUGGAUGCAACUGUAGAUGCUAUACUGGCAGGGAAAUCCCCACUAUUUGAAGUCCGUUGCAUGGAGGAUGAAGCUAAUAAUUCUUUGAAGUCUACUACAACAACCAAAACGGACCAUCUACAAGAUUAUGAGCUUACUAAUAAUGAAGAGAGAAGAACUGAAACAGAGUCUGAUGGGGAAGAUGGGGAUUAUCAUGCCAAUACCAAGAAAUUGAGCGUUAUUAGAUCUGUGAGCAACAGGAGCUCACCAUUGUACGUUUAUCCUUGUAAGAUCCUGGAAGCUGAUCUACUACAAGUAGCAAUGGUAAUGGGGCUUGAGGAUGAUAUAGACGUGACUGAUGACAUUGGAGCAGCAGAUGCUAUUCUAGCAUCCAGUUCUGAAAUGAAGCAGAACCCCUGGAUUCGUGGUGUAUCUAAAUACCACCAAUUGCCUGUAUUUGUUAUCAAGUCAAAUACCAUGGCACAAAUGGUAAAGGCAGUCCGCAUGAUUCUCGAGAUGGAUUCCAUUGGUUCUAUAUCAAGGAAGCCACUCAAAAAUUUUGAAAUUGAAGAUGAUGCACCAAAGAAAAAACCAUCCUUGGAGGAGAUUGAUGCCUUGGAGGAGGUUCGCCUUGCUAUUGAGUAUAUUGUGAUUCCUGGUGGUGAGCCCGUAGAACUUCUCCCCCGACGCUCUGAGAUAGUUGCCCGGCAGCUUGAGCUUGUGGAAAGUUAUCAGCUCGCUGCAGAGAAUUCAGGCACCGAGCUAAACCCAAGGUUGCAGAUCCUUCCCCAGAAGCUACACAAGAAGACUUCUGUAAAGCACUCCAAAUCUGGUGCAAGUUCACAGAAGGAUGCUAACCUCAAGUCACUAACUGGUGGUGGUGGAGCUACUAGUGUUGCUCGGCUGCCACUUUUGCCCGAAUAGCUCAAAUAUAUAUCUCUAAUUGUAAAUGUGUUUCAACCUCGAGUUGAUUCAUGUACAGUCUUGUAAAUUAUGUGUAUCUUAUCCUCUCACCAUUCAACCUUGUUGAAUAUUUGCGUAAUUGAGCCAUUGGCUCCAUUCUUCAUCAAUGAUGACAAAUAAGUUUUCUCGACGACAAA